GUUGUCUUUUAUUCUGGUGCUUCGGGAACGGUCGAUAAUACCUGUUUACAUUUUCUUCACGCUUCCUAUCGUCGAUUGGCAGCAGCAAGCUCCAUAUCAGCACUGGCUGCGAGUUAUGUUUUGCAAGUUUUUGAGAGAUCAGAAACUCGGGUGUCAACUAUAUCUUGAAUCGCUUGCGGUUCUUUUCAAUUGCAGGUAUAUGCACGGCUUUUAUUAAGCAUGAGCCCGAUUAACGGCCUGCUCUGCGCUACGAUUUAUAAUUUCGCAUCCCGCCGCAACUUCGUAUUUCUCUGCUUUUUUGGACAUCCUCCAGGUUCAACGCAACGCACCGCAAAUGUCGUUUCUCUCGCCAACGACAUCCUCUAUUUUCGGCGGCAGUGGUAAUGAAGACGGAACUUCAGCUACGGGACACGGUGGAAUGCUUGUCAAUGAGAGCUGCUUGGAUUUCUUAAUGAUGGAAUUAGUAGACGCAAUGUGCCGUACUGCCAUUGAUGAAGAUACAGACCGCGAAGUCAUCUUUUACAAGCUUGAAAUGCUUGGUUAUCGAGUUGGACAGAGCCUUGUAGAGAGAUUUACCGUUGAUCGACCACGGUUUACUGAUACCUUGGACGUGGUGAAAUUUAUUUGCAAAGAUUUGUGGGUCAUUAUGUUUAAGAAACAAGUAGACAACCUCAAAACGAACCACAGGGGUGUAUAUGUCCUUCAAGAUAAUAACUUUCGUUGGUUCAUGCGCAUGUCGACUGAUAUUGGUGGUACUGACUCAUCAAGUAAAGCUACACCUUAUUUGUGGUUCCCGUGUGGGGUGAUUAGGGGUGCUCUCGCCAACCUUGGUGUUUCGAGUGUGGUUAUGGCUGAAACUUCCAAUCUUCCACAAUGUACCUUCCAAAUUAAAAUUGCCAAAUCAUGAAUGAAUGUAUAAUAGCAUAAAAUGAAUACAUCAUAUGCUUCAUUCUUGUAUUAUAGUAGCUUCCAUUCAAACGAAAAUAAUCAUAAAAGAUGUAUCUGUUCAGUCUUAAUGAGAUCAUACCUGUAAGGUUUCUGAGGACAUGAACAUUUCACACGCUUUUACAAGGAUGGAACAUGUAUCUAUAUGUACCUUCAUAUAUUUUGAUGGCAUUGUUCCAAGUGAAGGGCCCCG